AUGACAUGUCCAUAUAAGCUUACAGAUUACUUUAAUGAUCCAAUACUGCUUAAUCUAUCAGUAUCUCAUCCUAUCCAAUACAAAUUCGACAAAGUUUACGGCAUUCAGUGGCAAUAUCGCUGUGGCGGAAAUCAAAAUGACCCAGAAGCAGUAGUAUUUUUGCCAGGAACAUAUGAAACAUGCUCUUCAUCUAUAUAUAUUCUUGAUAAACUUAUUAAACAAGGUUAUCGCGCAUUCGCAUUAGAUUUAGGUGAAUAUAUGAAGUAUAAACAACUUGCAAAAGGUUUUGAUCAGUUUUGUGCUCAGUUAAACAUUAAAAAGGCGCAUCUAAUAGGUUCUGAUUUAGGAGGUUUUUACGCAUUACAAAUCGCAUCUUAUCCAAAACUUGAGACUCAAAUUAAAUCAAUUACGUUAAUUAACGCUUUUACAUCUACAGAUGUUUACAAUAAGCCAGGAUUUGUAAUUGAAAUUUUGGGAGAUUUAGGAGCCAAACCAAUCUUACACUCUGAAAUUAAGAAACUAUACCCUAAAGAAAAUCCAUCCCCAACUGCUGUUUUUAUUGAUAAUGAACUUGAUAAAGCAAUAGCUGAGAUUCUAAAGGCAAGAAUUAAAAUUAGAAAGGCAACUAACUUGCAAAUUAAUCCAAGAUGUGAAUUAGCAGCUAUUAUGUCAAUAGAGACUCUUGAUAAGCGAUUUGUUUUCCAAGAAAAAUUUUUGCCAUCAAUUGCAAUUGAAGGAUGCAAACAAGCAUUGAUGAAGGAUGGUGGUGAUUGGCCACAUAUACAAAAUCCAGAUGAUACAUUCCAUUAUAUUACAGCUCAUCUCAGGAAAUGGGGAAAGAUACCAAAUCUUGAAACAAUUCAAGACGGAACUGAUGAAAGGCAUGAAGACUAA